AUGGGAAGUGAGUCCAAUGACUUCCAUCUUUCCGAGGAAUCUAUUCGCUCCUCCAUAGCGAACCUCAAUGAAGACGUGGAAUUCAAGGCUAGCAUUGGCCACGACGUGAUCUUCGCAAUCCAGGCAUCCGGCCUCGAGCCGGCAAUAUGCUUCAAAGUCACCGCAAGAAGCAUAUGCCUUGCGGAACCGGGAGUCAAACCCCAAUUCACCCUCAAGGCACGUCCGGAGCAUUGGCAGCAAUUCUUUGCGGCCGUGCCAAAGCGCCCUUUUCAAACGUUCUGGGGCAUGAUCCGCGUCCUGGGAAACACGGCCGGCGUAGAAGUUCUAGGUGACGAAGAGGCAUUCACCAGGCACGCUCGGACGUGGAGGAUCGUCCUGGACCGCGUACGAGAGGCCGCGAACGGCGGACAAGCCAAUUCGAGCUCGGCCCAACAAGAAGAUUACACUCCGGAAGACGAGACCGACGACGACUCCAUCAUAGGCCAUUACACCUGGCUUACGCUCCCACCGCUGGGGAAAUGCAAGAUCUUCUACGAAGUCUCCGGCCAGGGCCAUCAACCGAUCCUCUUCCUGCACACGGCCGGGGCCGACUCGCGCCAGUACCACUCCAUGAUGCUCAACAAGGACCUGCAGUCCCGGUACAGAAUGUACGCCUUCGACCUCCCGGGCCAUGGCCGCUCCUUCCCCGGACAGAAGCAAUAUCCGCUGUCGUAUGCCAAUUCUGAAGACUUCUACAUCUCCUGCAUCCGGUCCUUCCUGGGCAAACUCGACAUCCGCCGCUCCAUCGUCACUGGCGCGUCCAUGGGCGGCGAGGUCUGCCUGGCCGUCGCGCUCCGCGCGAAGGAACUCGACGUCCGCGGCGUGAUCCCAUGUGAGGCGUGCGACUUCAUCCCCUCGGCGGCCGGAUCGACCAUCUACAAGCUCGAAGGCGACGAGGCCGUCCUCAACGCCGAGAGGGUAUGCGGCAUGAUCAGCCCGACCUCGCCGGCCAUCUACAAGCGACUGAACUGGUGGCUCUACUCGGCCCAGGCGUCGCGCAUCUUCCCCGGCGAUCUCAAAUUCUACUUUGACGGGUGGGAUGGCAGGGGGAGGAUGCACCUGAUCGACACGAUCGAGUGUCCCAUUUACAUGCUCACGGGAGAGUACGAUUACAGCUGCAGCGUGGAGAUGUCUCGGGCCACGGCGGAGAAGAUCCACGGUGGCGAGAAAGGCAGCCAGGUGGUCUUCGAGGCCAUGGACGGGUUGGGCCAUUUCCCGUUCAGCGAGGACCCGGUGCGGUUUCUGCCAUACUUCAAGAGAGCGCUGGAGUACAUUGCGGAGAGGAGUCGAGGCUAG